UCCCCGUAUCCGUGCUCUCUCACUACCCCUCUCUUCCCCUCACUGCUUUCUCUCCCUCCUCUGUUUUUGCCUCUCUCCCUGCCUCCGUCUCUCUACCUCUACCUCCCCCCACUGUCUCCCUCGACCCUCCCUCUCCCUCUCUCCCUCUUUCCCCGACCAGCAGAAGCAGUAGUCAGUCAGUCUUUUUGCAGCUAGCUCUCCUGACGUCACUCUGUGUUUGCAUAGCUAUUGUUUUACAGGGGCUGCCGCGGCCCGGGAUUGCAGCAGCGCAUCACGGGAUUCAGUUUUUCUUUCCCCAGCGGGACAGCCUCUCCUCCCCCUCCCCCCUCUCCUCACUCCCAUCAGGCUCCUGGCCUGGCCCAGCCAUGUUCGGCACAGAGUCAUCAUUAAGCAUGUUUCUCAACACCCUGACGCCCAAGUUCUACGUUGCUCUGACGGGCACCUCCUCCCUCAUAUCAGGACUCAUACUGAUUUUUGAGUGGUGGUACUUCAGGAAGUAUGGCACGUCUUUCAUCGAACAGGUGUCUGUGAGCCACCUUCGCCCCCUGCUGGGCGGAGUGGACAGCAGCUCCCCCAGUAACUCCAACGCCAGUAACGGAGACGCCGACUCCAGUCGACAAAGCGUGUCCGAAUGUAAAGUAUGGCGAAAUCCGCUGAAUUUAUUUCGUGGAGCUGAGUAUAAUCGGUAUACAUGGGUGACAGGUCGAGAACCGCUGACCUACUACGACAUGAACCUCUCAGCACAAGACCACCAGACCUUCUUCACUUGCGACUCAGACCAUCUCAGACCUGCAGACGCUAUAAUGCAGAAAGCAUGGAGAGAGAGGAACCCCCAAGCCCGUAUCUCUGCUGCACACGAAGCUCUGGAGCUAGAGGAUUGUGCAACAGCCUAUAUUCUGCUGGCAGAGGAAGAGGCCACCACCAUCAUGGAGGCUGAGAGGUUGUUUAAACAAGCGCUAAAAGCAGGCGAGAGCUGCUACCGACGCAGCCAACAGCUCCAGCACCACGGCACACAGUAUGAAGCACAGCACAGAAGGGACACCAACGUGUUGGUGUACAUUAAGAGGAGACUGGCCAUGUGUUCCAGAAAGUUGGGACGCACACGAGAAGCAGUCAAAAUGAUGCGAGACUUAAUGAAGGAGUUCCCUCUCCUUAGUAUGUUCAACAUCCAUGAGAACCUGCUGGAGUCGCUGUUAGAGCUCCAGAACUAUGCUGACGUCCAGGCCGUUCUGGCCAAGUACGACGAUAUUAGUUUACCCAAAUCCGCAACAAUAUGCUACACAGCAGCCUUGCUCAAAGCCAGGGCGGUAUCGGACAAGUUCUCUCCAGAGGCAGCAUCCAGGCGAGGGCUGAGCACAGCAGAGAUGAACGCCGUAGAGGCCAUCCACAGAGCUGUGGAGUUCAACCCACACGUCCCUAAAUAUUUGUUAGAGAUGAAGAGUUUAAUUCUGCCUCCAGAGCACAUUCUGAAGCGUGGUGACAGUGAGGCCAUAGCCUACGCCUUCUUCCACCUGCAGCACUGGAAGAGGGUGGAGGGAGCCCUUAACCUGCUGCACUGCACGUGGGAGGGAACAUUUAGAAUGAUUCCCUACCCGCUGGAGAAGGGUCAUCUCUUCUACCCUUACCCCAUCUGCACAGAGACAGCAGACAGAGAACUGCUACCAACAGUGUUCCAUGAGGUGUCGGUGUACCCCAAGAAGGAGCUGCCGUUCUUCAUCCUGUUCACAGCAGGCCUAUGCUCCUUCACAGCCAUGCUGGCCCUGCUCACACAUCAGUUCCCAGAGCUCAUGGGAGUCUUCGCUAAGGCUUUUCUCAGUACCCUUUUUGCUCCCUUGAACUUCAUCAUGGAGAAGGUGGAGAGCAUCCUGCCGUCCAGCCUGUGGCACCAGCUCACCCGCAUUUAAACCAGACCAGACCCCCCCCCCCAACAAAAUCACAACAGACACACAGACACAGCUGAACUGAAUCUCGGACCGCUGCAUUGGACUGAACUGACACACCUUUGUGCCAAGCACACAGAGUACAAACAUAACCCACAGGACAGGCGGAGGAGAGGAUAAGGGAAAAGAAAAAAAGAAGAACGGAAAUCAGAAUUGGUUUUGACUUUAUUUGAUAUGUUUGCUUUUUUUUUUUUUUUUUUUUUUUGGUUUUCAAUCUCAUGUAAAGCCGUUUUUUGUUGUACAAAAAGAGGUGAUCAAUUGCCAUCAUUAAAAAAGUGAAAAGAAAAAAAAAUACAAUAAAGGACUUUUUGUGUAUUGCUGCAAGUCAGCUCCUUCCCCGCCAUUUUGAUUGAUUGAGACCACAUUCCUCCUCUUCAAGACUGCAAGGCGACACGAGAUGGUCCAUCCCGCCACGAGGAGGGAGAUUUCUAUCUGCCAAACGCUGGUAGACUUCAGCGCUGGCUGGCUGUUCAGUCUGAUCCACCGACAGCUUUGGA